UGAUUGAAAUCAAUAAAAACAGUCGGCAAGGGGCCCAGUGGGGGAAGAGAGAAAUCUCCACUACAGCAUUCAGUUUGCUUUCCACUUUCUCCCUCCCCCCUGAAGUUAAACUCUGAAGCUCACCAUGACAAGCGGCUUCGCUUUCAGCGCUCGGCAGACUCUAGUGGGGAUUUAAAGGAAGCGAGCGCUCCAGUUCCCCUCGCUGCCUUCGCUCUCGCCGCUCCACCGCGAAAAUGAAAGGCUGGCUUUGAAUUCGGGUCCUGCCUGGAGAAAGUUCCUGGGGCAAGUGCACCGCUCUGCAUCGCAGGAGAAGGAUGAGUUCUGCAGUUGGAGGAUGUUAGAAGGUGAGAGGGGAAGGAGGAGGAAUUUGAGUCAGCGAGAGCCCGCGGCCAGGCGAGGAUGUCAACCACGGCAGAGGGGACCUCUGGAUCUGCGGGACUGACCGCGAGCAAACGGCCCCAGUCGCUGUCAUCCGCGUCCUAAGGCAGCCGAAACGCUUGCCUACACAUGACCAACGCUCAGACCCAGUGGCUCAAUCUUCGACUGACGUUCUUCUGUGCUGCACAUCACGAAAGCUGGUAACCAACAGAGAAGAUACAAAAGCUAAAAUCACUAUGUGGAGCUGUGAAACCUUAAACAGUACCAAGAACAGUGAGGACCAGCAUCUCUGCCAUGACUUCCACCUUGUGCUUUCCAUCUUUUCCCUACUCUACCUCCUUAUAUGUUUCCCCAUCAGCCUUUGCUACAAUGGCUUGCUGGUCCUGGUUAAUCUGUAUAACAAAGCAACUAUGACAAUGCCAGAUGUUUACUUUGUCAACAUAGCCAUUGCCGGUCUCAUCAUCAACGCUCUGGCACCAAUGUACCUUCUAGGUCUUGCCAAUACAAAAUGGGCCAUCUGGAAUUCUAACAACGAAGUUUAUAUUACCUUGCUUAUUUUAUUCAACGUCUCAUCUUUAGUUACCAUGUACUCUACAACGUUACUCAGUCUGGACUACUACAUCGAACGCGCCCUACCUAGAACUUACAUGUCAAGUGUGUACAACACCAAGCACGUCUGUGGAUUCAUAUGGGGUGGAGCCAUGCUGACAAGUUUCUCAUCUCUUCUAUUCUACGUCUGCAAUCAUGUAUCCACUAAAAUAAUCGAAUGUUCCAAGAUGCAGAACAAAGAGGCAGCAGAUGCCAUUAUGGUUUUUAUCGGGUAUGUUGUACCAGCUGUCGCAGUACUGUAUGCACUUAUAUUGAUCUUGCGAAUACGCAAAGAGGCUACACCACUGGAUCAAGACACUGGACGAUUAGAUCCAUCAGUGCACAGGCUUUUGAUUGCCACAGUCUGUACACAGUUCACAUUAUGGACACCCUAUUAUGUUACCCUUUUGGUAAGCACAUUUACUUAUGCACAAGGAAGACUUGCAGAUGAAAAUUACAGUCGAAUAUUACAUUUUACCAAGAUUUUAUCCAAAUUCUUGGCUUUCUCAAGCAGCUUUGUAAUGCCUCUGCUGUACAGAUACAUUAACAAAAACUUUCCUAACAAACUACGACGUUUGCUUAAAAAGAUACACUGUGGGAAUCAAGGGUGUUCUCACGAACGCACAGUGGUACAGCAAGUUAUGACAUAGGUAUAAAAAAACACCGGUGCUGUUACUGCAGGACGUAGUAUACCAGUAUACUAGUACUCAGACUGCUACUGCUGUGUGGGCACCCAAAGUCACUGAUGUGACAGUCCCAACCAGGAGACUUGGAGGAGCCUUCGAUUAAUGAAACAGUCUUAAUUUUCAAAUAGUUAAUUAUUUGCUGAGAUCUUGUAAGACUCUGGCCUAUGUGCUGUAAUACCUGUGACAUCUAAUAUUUUCAGUGCACUGAACUUGUUACAAAGCGUAAGCUCUGUCUUCAUCGUUCUAAUAUUCCUGUCUGAAGAAAUCGCUAAGCAGUUUAUUGAAGUACUGACUGAAUACACAGCACCUUGUAUCUUGUAGAGGAAAAGGUAUUACCUUAUUUUCUGUACAAAGAAGUAACAGUGCUAUUCUUGAUGAAGUAAAUAGUAUUUUUCAAUGAAGAUGAUAUAAUGAUCUUUACUAAAGAUCAUACUAUCCAAUUAUACAUGUCCAAAUAGUAAAUGUUAAUUAUAAAUUAAAUUAUUUAAUUUCUUUCUCCAUCACUGAAUUCCCUCUAAAAGAUGUCUAAUUUACUAUUUUCAGAAAUUAUAUUCUCACACAAACUAACCUAAGUUUUUAACAUGUGCAGUAAAUCAGUUUUUUUCUAGAUAUAACAAUUAACAAAACCUUGUUUAUUCUUCCAGUGCUUUGUUGGCAUCCUAAGACAUUUCACGAAUUAAGAAAUAUUUAUUAACUAAUUCAAGGGGAACUGAGAGAUGUUUAUCCCACAUAUUAAAAUGAAGGACACGGUGGUUUACAAAGUUAAAUCAAAAUUCAAGUAGUAAAGAAUGUCUGGCUAAGUGUUAUGGUCCACAUAUGUUCAUGUAACAAGAGUAAUUGUCUUAAAAAUAAAUAUGUUUAUGAU